CUCCCCGGUGCUUUCUACGGCAUUCUUUGGGCGUGAGUCAUGCAGGUUUGCAGCCAGCCCCAAAGUGGGUGUAUACCCAGCAGAGCGCUAUAAAUACGGGCGCCUCACUGUGUUCAUCACGCGGAGUCGCCAGAGGAGCGCGCGGGCACCGCUGACUGAGGCGUGCUAGAAUUCUAGAACUGGAGAAGCAGGCGAGAUGAAGACUCUGCUGCUCUUGGUGGGGCUGCUGCUGACCUGGGAGAAUGGCCCCUGGGUGCUGGGGGACAAGGCCAUCUCGGACAAAGAGCUCCAGGAAAUGUCCACCGAGGGGAGUAAGUACGUUAAUAAAGAAAUUAAAAAUGCCCUCAAGGAGGUGAAACAGAUAAAGACCCUAAUAGAACAAUCAAAUGAAGAGCGCAAAUCACUGCUCAGCUCCCUGGAGGAAGCCAAGAAGAAGAAAGAGGAUGCCCUGAACGAUACCAGGGAUACUGAGACAAAGCUGAAGGGAUCCCAGGGCUUGUGCAAUGAGACGAUGAUGGCCCUGUGGGAAGAGUGCAAGCCCUGCCUGAAACAGACCUGCAUGAAGUUCUACGCGCGUGUCUGCAGGAGCGGCUCGGGACUGGUUGGCCACCAGCUCGAGGAGUUCCUGAACCAGAGCUCCCCCUUCUACUUCUGGAUCAACGGUGACCGCAUCGACUCCCUGAUGGAGAAUGACCGACAGCAGAGCCACGUGAUGGACAUCAUGGAGGACAGCUUCAACCGGGCGUCCAACAUCAUGGAUGAGCUCUUCCAGGACCGCUUCUUCAACCGGGAGCCUUUCGACACUCAGUUCUUCUCACCCUUUGGCUCAUCCCACAGGGGCUCGCUCUUCUUCAACCCCAAGUCCCGCUUCGCCCGGAACAUCAUGCCUUUCCCCCUGUUCACCGACCUGAAUUACCACGACAUGUUCCAGCCCUUCUUUGACAUGAUCCACCAGGCUCAGCAGGCCAUGGAUGCCCACCUUCAUAGAAUUCCCUAUCACUUCCCUGAGGCGCGAUUCCCAGAAAACAACAAUGACCGAGCUGUGUGCAAGGAGAUCCGCCACAACUCCACGGGAUGCCUGAGGAUGAAGGACCAGUGUGAGAAGUGCCGGGAGAUCUUGUCAGUGGACUGUUCGGCCAGCAAUUCCUCUCAGAUGCAGCUGCGUCAGGAGCUGUACACGUCCCUGCAGAUGGCGGAGAAGUUCAGCAAGCUCUACGACCAGCUGCUCCAGUCCUACCAGCAGAAGAUGCUUAACACGUCCUCCCUGCUGAAGCAGCUCAACGAGCAGUUCAGCUGGGUGUCCCAGCUGGCCAACCUCACGCAGAAUGACGACCGCUACUAUCUCCAGGUCACCACGGUGAAUUCCCACGGCUCCGACCCCAGCGUGCCCUCUGGCCUCACUAAGGUGGUGGUGAAGCUCUUUGAUUCCUACCCCAUCACUCUGAUUAUCCCGCAGGAAGUCUCCGAUCCUAAAUUCAUGGAGACUGUGGCGGAGGAAGCGCUACAGCAGUACCGCCAAAGGAGCCGGGAGGAGUGAGAGGUGAACCUCACGUUUCUAAGGAUGGGGGCAUCUGCGUCCAGUUGCCCCCUGAGUUGAGCCAUAGGCCUCUAGAGAGAGCUCUGCGUGUCACCAGCUGACCAGGCCCUGGGCGCCAGGCCCUCCUGACCCCACCCAGCCUCUCCUCCCUCUGGAUUCUGCACGCUAACACCUGCCUUUGCUGAUCACAGGAAGAAAUUUCCCGUGUGCCACUAACUCAGUAAACCGCCUUGGAAUCUGAA